CUUUUUCAAGCAUUUAUCUUUCUUGCAAGGCUUUGUGCUUGUUAGCUUGGUUUGAAUGACGUAUAAAGCCUGCCAAAUCCAGCCUCUCUGGUGGAUUCCGCCGUGAUACAGUGUUCAUUUACAGAGAUCAAACAAUGCGGCAAGAAUGGAUUCUAUCAUUGGCCAAACAAAACGUAAGCCAAAAAGCCGCCUACAAUGACCAUGUGAACUUUUACUUUUGUGCCGUUGUGUUUUUUUCAGCUCAUACAAAGCCGUGGAAAGCGAGGCGUACGACUAUACCGAAGCCUCGUCGAAAAUAUCCAAUUCCUGCUAGUGUUUCUGGCAUAAUGAAGCAGCCCAUUGUGUUGGGAUUCCGGGUGUGUGUGUGUGUGCAUGCAUGGAGAAGCGGUCCAAUACCAACUCCGCCAAAAUGGCAAACAGUCGCGUCCAUUGAGAAAAUCAACCUACCACAUUUUUCUUUCUUCCAUUCUGCACUUUUUAAUAGGUGGAUUGACGGAGACAUUGUCCAGCAAAUUACCACUGGCGGCUUUGAGUCAGCGGAAAUGGAGUAUGACACACCGACAUGGGCUGGCAGUGGCUGCAAAAGAAACGUGACCGUAUUUCAGGGUGGUGUCAACCUCACGAAUGUGUGUCUCGGUGCAGUGAAAUGCACCAACGAAAAGUGCCGCAAAACUGUCCGACCAGCCUCAUCGAUGGCGCGCAUUGAGCAGUAGUUGCCGCGGAGUGCAUCUUCUGAGAAAUGGAGCUGAUUCACAUUU